GCGCCCGGGACCGGCCUCGGGGAGUCUCCGGUGCUCGGCCUGCCUGGCUCCCGGACGACAGGGAAGGGCCGGGCCGAGAGGCGAAGGACGGGCCGCCGGAUUAGCACAGACCACCGGGCAUCGACCUGGUGCCCAGGUGGGGGGCCGCCCCUUCCCCCUCCCGCCCCCUGGAUUUUAUCGGCUCCCUGCGCCCGCCGUGGGCCCGCCACCAUGAGGCUUCCCUCGCUCGCUGCGCACUUCCUCCUGGCUGCAGUGUGCUUGGUGCCGGUGGACGGCGAGGCCCAGGACCUCCCGGCGGCGGGGCCGCUGCCCACCGCAUCCCCGGACCGGCCCGGACAGCACGGCCAGCCUGAGGACCGGACGGCCGCGGGGGGCCCGGCCCCGGGGCUGGACCACCCCACCCUUCCCAGAGUCGCUUUCUCUUCCAAGCCACAAGCUCUGGUGCACCCCAGGCCAAAGCGGAAAUGGAGAGGGAGGAAGAAAAACCAAGGGCUGGGAAGGAAGAGAGACCCCUGCCUGCGCAAAUUCAAGGACUUCUAUCACGGCGAGUGCAAAUACGUCAAAAAGCUGAAACCCCCUCUUGCGUUUUGCCAACAAGGAUACCAUGGGGAGAGGUGCCACGGGCUGAUCCUGCCGGUGGAAAAUCGCUUGUACGGCUACGAUCACACCACGGCCCUGGCGGUGGUGGCCGUGGUGCUGUCUUCGGUCUGCCUCCUUAUCAUUGCCGGACUGCUCAUGUUUCGGUAUCAUAAAAGAGGAGUUUAUGAUGUAGAAAAUGAAGAGAAAACGAAACUGGGGAUUCCUUCUGCCCAUUGAUGGAAAUCCGGAAUGUUCAAGGAUUGGCCGGGCCUCGCUACCUCUGGGACGUCCAAGGAUGACUAUUGCACAUUAUGCAUCUCGGGCAUAUUUCAGAGCGGCCCACGGAGACGCCUCGAUUCCGGGCUGAUGACAAGACCGGGCCCCCAAAAGUUUCCACCUCAGAGCUUGAACGGGACAAACCAUUUGGCCGAAUAGACUCUGGAAGGGAAAGAGAACACUUUCGUCUUUGUUUCCUGUAAAAGUUGGUUCAGACAUUCACUCUCUGGUUUUUAAAAUACCAGUUAAUUCCACGUGCUCAAAGGACUCUGAAGAAGGAAAGAUAGGCUGGCUUUGUAUUUUUUCUUUUUUUAUGUACAUACACACACACAUUAUAUAUAUAUAUAUGCAUAUAUAUAUAUAUAUGGACAAGGAGGCUACACACUCAACUAGCCUCACAGAAGUCUGCAUUCAGGCCCUCUAGUUCUGUGCUUGGAGGGGAAACUGUGAAAGCUUACGAGUCCCAGGAUUCCAGACUUUGAAGACUUUUCUGAGGGAAAAAUAAUUUAACAGAUAUUUUUUGUUUAAAAAAAACCUUUUUAAAUUAUAUAUUUAUUUUAUUCUAUACAUCUAUUAAUUUAUUUAGUUUUUAACAAUCUAACAAUAAUAUUUCAAGUGCCUAGUCUGUUACUUCAGCAAUUUUCCCCCUCCCUGCCCAGGUAGACUAAAGGGUUCUAUACAGCAAGUAGCGACUUAGCAUCUGGGAAGAGUUAUGAUACUGGGAGGGGUGAGGAUGGAAUUCUGUUGUCAGGACACUGGGACUCUAAAUAUGUAGCAUCCACUCUAUGAGUUGGAGAAUGUUUUGCUCUUUAUAUUUUAUACAUUGUUUAAGUUUCAAAUGCUGAUUUGCAUGUAACAGAUUUCAGUUCUACUGCUUGUUUUCUCCCUCCCGGAGCUCAGUUAAGAGUAGUCCAGAAGGCGUUUGGUUCUCAAUGAGGAUAGAUAUCAGGUCUGUGGGCUGGGUGUGAGUGGGAGGAUUCUGCAUCAAUACAUUUCUGUUAUUCCAAAAAUUCAUCUGGUGCUACCCUAGGCGCAGUGGAAGGGUUAGGGGAGAGUGUUUAUUGAUCCUCAACAGGUUUAAAAAUCAAGGUGCUAGAGGUGACAAUGUUGGAGUAGGAUGGAUUCGGACCAUCUCUGAAAUUCAAAGUAGAACUGGGGUCUAAAUCUUGUAGUUUCUUCUUCUUUCUACUUGGCUGGGUGGGAUGUGGGGGAGAUCCCCAAAGAAGAAUGUCGUCGUCCCCAGCCACUGCCGGGGGAGACCGGCUUUAUCGUGUCACAACUAUCGACGCUCUGAGGAGUUCCUGCCAACUUCUGAACUGUUACAUCCUGUACUUCCAAAUUCGGUUCAUAUUUACACUUUACCAAGCAAAUAAAGAUAACACCCCUUCUCCCUGGA